AUGGGUUUUCUCUGCCCUAUAACGCUAACACCUAAACUACUCAUACAAAAGACAUGGUUGUUAAAAAUUGGUUGGGAUACAAAUAUACCCGAAGACUUAGGAAAAGAGUUCUAUUCGUGGAUUGAUGAUUUGUCACUUUUAUCCAGUAUUAGAAUUCCAAGGGCUUUAGAUAUAAAUGGAAAUGAAAGUCUUAGUCUUCAUACGUUCUGUGACGCAAGUAAACAAGCCUAUGGAUGUGUGAUUUAUUUAAGAAAAGAAACAAGUGAAAAUGUAUCGGUGUAUUUUCUUCUAGCUAAAAGUAGAGUGAGUCCAUUAAGAAAAAUGACCAUAAAUCGUCUAGAAUUAUUAUUCCUGCUGUAUAGGAGUCAGACUCGCAGCUCUUGCUUUACAAACACUCAAAUUAGACAACGUUCCAAGGAACUAUUGGACAGAUUCGAGUACUGCUCUUUCUUGGAUCCAAAGAGAUGA